UCCAUGGAACAUUCAGUCUCAUUCCAGAUGACAGUCCUUUCCAAAUACGUGACACUGGGAUCCUGACUGUGAGGAACUCCAGUGCCUUAGACAGGGAGAGAACAGCGAUGAUCCUCCUGCAGGUUAAAGCUAGAGAUCAUUUGUCACCCUACUUUGAGGCCCACUCUACAAUCACCAUAUCACUGCUGGAUGAAAAUGACAACACUCCAGCCUUUGAAGGCACACCAUACAAACAGCAGAUUUUUUCCAACAUGACUGUAGGAAUGCCCGUUCUUCAGAUUGUGGCUCAUGAUCCAGAUGAUGGCAUAAAUGGAGAGACAUGGUUUAUCUUAGUGAGUGGCAAUGAAGAAGGACACUUUGAACUGAAUGAAACCUCUGGGCAAAUCAGUUUGAAAACACUGAUCCCAUUACUAGUCAACCAACUGAAGAACUUCACCUUGUGGAUAACGGCCACAGAUGGUACUCAAAGAGGCAUUCCGUUCUUGUGUAUUUCAGCCAGCAGCCUGCUGUUAAGAGUAGAGCCAGCAGUAAGAUUAUUUACAUGUACAUGCAAGUGGAAUGGUGCCAAGAAGUUCGUCAGUUCCAGUACAGGUCUUUGCAGUUGGAGACUCUAGACCUCGGUUUAUUCACAAAACAUAUGAUGGGACUUUGGAGGAAGAAUUAAACAGCCCUGUCCCAGUAACAAGAGUAGAAUUUGUGUCUGUGGAUCCCCACAUUCCAGUUACAUUGCAAGUGUUGACGGAAUCAGAUAUUUUUGAUGUUGACAUCAAUGGAACCAUCUGGACAAAAACCAAACUGGACUAUGAAUCCCAGAAAUCUCAUGAGAUAAACGUUUC